UUAAAAUGAGAAGAAUGAGAAGCAAUCGUGUGCGUUCAUCGUGAUUAAAUCUAACCGCUGAAAACAAAUCAAUCGCGGUUUACUAAUGGCAUUUUCGUAAAUAUGAAAAAAAUCAAAUGAGCAAACUUCUUUCCUCAUUUUCGCGUUUUACUUUUCUCUCUCCUCAUUUCCAGAACUCACGUUUUCUCUCUUCAUUUUCUCUCUCCUCCAUUUUCACUCGCCACCGUGUUCUCCUUCGUCACUUGCUACAACCGUCGCGCCGCCACCAUCUCCAAAUUUGUGACAUUAUCAACGCGUUGUCUUCUCUUCUUCAAAUUUGUAGUAAUUGAGGAAAUUGCGAACAAUUUUUGGCGAAAUUCACUGCUCCGACAACUCUUCGCCGACGGUCACCACUCCGGCGACUUUUAACUCAUCGCCGAUCGUCUCAAUAUCUUCGUCCUCUUCUUUAUAUACAUGUAAAAUGGCUGAUAACACUUCAACACCGAAGUUGCCUAAAGAUGAAAAUGUCACUGCUUCAAAAGCUGCUAAACCGAGCUUGCGAACAGUAUCGUUCAAACAUAUUGCAAGGAAACCUACAAUACCUAUAAAGAAAGAACUACCCAUGUUGUUGACAAGGAUGUCCCCGAAUAGUAUUGCUCAACUGAACAAGACGAUUUCUGCUUCUCAACGAAGUGCAAUCGAGAAUGUAGGCUUUGGGGACCUUUUAUCUUUGAAAAUCUCCAAACUGCCACUACAUCUAGGUUUGUUUCUUGUGGAGAGUUUUGAUGCUAAUACGUGUUGUUUAAGAAUUCACGGAAAUGAAUUCUUCAUCACUGAGAAGGACGUGCACGAGGUGUUGGGGCUUCCUCUAGGUGUUGAAGAGAUCAACUUGGAUAAUGAUUGUAAGGACGUAGAAAUCUUGGAUUGUUGGAAGAAACAAUUCAAGAAGUUCAUGAAGGAGAAAGCAGCGAAAAAAGCAAAAAAAGUUAAGGCAGUUAAAGGUGAAAAUGUGAAGGUGAAGGAGACUUUCACUCAACUGAUUCCUGUUGGGGUUCUUACUGAUCAUUUGAAGUCAAGUAAAGCAUCUUCGGAUAUGUGGUUGAGGAAUUACGUAGUUCUUGUUACUUCGACUCUUAUUCAUGGAGGACAGAACCAAUUUGUUAACUGCUGGAUUCUGCGUUAUUUGAAGGAAAUGAGUCAAAUCAAAAAUUUGAAUUGGUGUAAUUUUGUGCUUCAAUGCUUGGUUAACAGUAAGAUGUACUGGGAAGAGGUAGAGGGAAGAUGGUUUGCUGGAUCUUUGGUAUUUCUUAUGCUGUUCUAUGUGGAUAAAGUUGCCUUAGAGGAAGUGCGUAUUGAAAGAUCACUGCCUAUAAUAAAAGGAUGGAAUUGUAAUAUGCUAUCCACACGAGAAAAACUUGAGAUCGAAUUGGGUAGGAUUGCAUUCCACGGGAUGAAUGAUGCAGUAGAUAAGGGUGAAACAUCUGGAACUCAAAAGCAACAAGAAGAGGUUAUUGAAAAUGAGAAUCCCGAACAAAAUGUACCGACUGAACAAGAAGUUCCUGAAUAUCAAUCAAAGGAAAACGCUUCUGCUUGUCCUGAAGAGAAUGAAGCCCCUCAAAUUGUAGAAAAUGUCAACCCUCCUGUUGAGAAGAACAAGUUUCAGUUGAAACAAGUAAGUAACAUUUGUUAAAAUGAGCAUUCUGAA